CUCAAUUUACUUUCGAAAUCGAGUCCACAGUGGGGAAUGCCGACUACUGUUGUUGAGGAAAAAGUGACGUCCCCUCAAAGAGUGGUCACUCAUUCUUAUUUCCAAACUGACCAGCAGUCUGGAUUAUUAGUUGCAUUAAUUUACAAUCCCAUCAAAUUUAUGCAACAAAAUGGAAGGAGGGUGUGAGGCUGAGAUGAAGUUUUGUUCUAAUUGUAAACGUGAUAUUGCAUCAAGUAAUUACAUGAUGCAUGAAAUUCACUGCAAGAGGAACAUUGUAUUAUGUAAAAAUUGCAAUGAACCUGUCCCAAGGUCUGAAAUGGACAAUCACUUUGAAGAAAAUCAUGCCACAAUUGGAUGUGAACUUUGCGGUUUGGAAGUAGAAAAACUUGAUAUUGAGUCUCAUAAGGACAAUUGUCCAAAACGCCCACAGUCCUGCUGUUUCUGUGAACUAGAAUUUCCUGCAGAUGAUCUCCCCAACCAUAUAUCAUACUGUGGCACGCGCACAGAGCAGUGCUUCAAAUGUGCUCAAUUCAUUAUGCUUAAAGACCAAGACAAACAUGAUGAAACAAACUGCACUUAUCCGCAAAACACAAAUGGACAUACACCGUUAAACAGAAGGACAGAAACCCCAGAAGUUGUUGAGCUGAAUCCUUUUUCAAUGCAAGAGUUAGAAAGAAUGAUGAACAGGGCACAAGUUGGUGUAGGAGGAAGGAUCAACAAUCCUGUGGGGAGAGGAGGUGGUAGGAGAGGAGGGGUGAAGGUUACGAAUGCUGCAAGAAGAACACAGGGAGGACGUGGAGUAGCACAGGGCACAAAUUCCCUAUUGAAAAAGAUGUCCAAUGAAAGCAGACAGUCCAGGAAAACUCCAGGAAGAAAUCUAAAUCAGAGUCUAGAAGCAGAUGGAGAUGAUGGUGAAGAUUUAGACCACCUGUUAGCACUUCAUCUUGCACAUGACUUGAACUCUGCUACUGAAACUGAAGGUGGCACAGAAGCAGACCUCCUGCAGUAUUUAAAUGAAAUUGAGGAAGAAACACCCUCUGAUGACAUAUCUUCACAUAACUUUUAUAUGCCAGAUGAUCCAGCACUUCCCUGUGAACACUGUGGAGUAGAUAUACCAGCCAGCAUGCUUCUUCAGCACCAGAAUAAUUGUCUCCAAGACAUAACGUCAGUCAGUAACUCCCAAACUACAGGAAAUCGCCAAAGAAACAAUCAGCAACAACAUUUACCAAGCACACCAUCAGCAUUACCACACAUAGUUGAUAACCUUUCUUAUGUUGCUGCUCAAGAAUGGUACUCCCAGCCAGUGCCUGCAGAGUUUACCACAGCAGAUGAUGUGAUGUUACCAUGUGAAUUCUGUGAUGCACUUUUUCCCAUAGAUUUUUUGGUUCAACAUCAGGCUGUGUGUCCUUCCAAUGUAACUCAAACCCCCAGGGUAAUGUCCCCAGCUGUACAGCAUACUAGGAUACCACCAAGAAUCAAUAGUGUAACUGCUGAGUUAGAAACUGGAAGAGAUUCUAGAAGGACACUAAGGAGGCAACAAGAUCCUUCCUUUAGAAUGCUAGACAGCGACACUGAAUUAAAAAGCCAAAAGAAUAGUAGUGAAACCACAGGUCAAAAGAAUAAGGCUAAAAUGACCAAAGUGGAUAAUAGUCAGAAGACUGUCAAUAGAAUAACAGGACAUGCUCAAGGAUUUUCACAAACUGCUUUUCCAGCCCAAAAAGUGGAAGCACGAGACAAGUGGGUAAGAGCAGAAGAACCAGUGUCUUCCAUGAGACAAGAUACACGCAGGAAGAACAGUGCUUCUAGAACUCAAGAAAUUUUACACGAUUUAGUGACACCUCCCCCCAUCACAUCAUAUGAUUUAUUAGGACAUUUAAACCCCAAGGACAGGGGAAGUAAAGGAGUGAAGAACACCAAGAACAGGAGCAGUUAUGAAAGGCCUGGAGCUACAGCUUCCCAUGACAAGAAUAGGACUCCACAGAAUGAUAAAAGUUUAGCCUGGAGUGGCAGCCCUCACAGUGGUGCUCAACCAAAAAACAAGCCUUCCCUUGCACAAAGAAGUGAAGAAGAUGACAGUUCAGUGAAAGCUAAUGCUGGGUAUCAGGCAAGCUUUGCCACUAGAGGCAGCACUGAACCACGCAGAGGGAGAAGGUCAAGAAACGUUCCAGCAGCCACAAUACGGUCAGACGCCUUGGAUUAUCUUGGACCCUCGCUCAGAGUGGAAACACAGGAAGGUGGUCCACAAGAUUGGGAAGAGGGAGAGGGGAGAUCUAAGAGAACCUCCAGAAGCAGGACAAAGAAAGAUUUGUGAAACAAAGGAAUUUGUGAUUUGCUAAUUUAAUUUUUGUGGUCAAUUUAUUUUAAAUGAUAUAAAUUAAUUUUAAAGUAUUUGUUAUCUGUACCCUCUAAUCACAGUGUUAUUGAUUAUACGUGAGGAAAAAACAAAUUUAUAUUAGAUAAACUGCUGAAAAAAAUCUCAUUUUUUGUUCAGACCGUUCAUGAUGUGAAGUUCUGACCUAAAGUUACCUGCAAGUUUUGUAGAUGAAGUAGGUCAUAGUUAUUGGAAUGUGCCAGUUUGUUAAAUAAUGCAAUUAAAAACGGCUUUUUUAUCUCCCGUGAGGAGAAUGUCUUGUG